AUGCAUCACCCAAUACCUUCGUCAUCUGCAGGUGAGGCUCAGCCCUCCACCACACAAGCACCGCCCGAUCCACCCCGGUGGUAUCUCGACUUCUGGGUCUACGACGCGCCAAUCAACCUCGCGAUUCCGGAGCUGCUCAUCGGCCUCCGCUGCCAGAUUGAGGACCGCUUCAGGCGCAAGGAGUUCUGUGUCGAGAAGUGCGCCCCGACCGACCGCCACCUGAUGGUCCGGGCCAUCGCCCGCACCGAGGAGAGGCCACAGGAUGCGGAGAAAGAGCAUGAAACGCUGCACGAACAAUUGACCGACGUUCUGGAUCGGCUGAAGUUGACUCUGCCCUUGGACGUCUGGUGGCGCGACAAAAGGGAAGAUCUCCGGUGGUCCAGCGAGUUUCCGUCCCCCUUCGACGACGGUGACAUCGACCAGGAUCCGGACCUGUACAAUCUCCUGCUCAUCAUGGCGCCGAGAUUGCCCGAGACCAUGAUUGCGGCUGAGCCCGUGCCCGAUGACCGGUCGGCUGUGUUCAAGUGGCUGGGGGACAUUCGGCUUUGGGGGCCUUUGCCUGUACUUUCGCGUCAGGUCUAG